AUGUCUGAGACUUCGGAAACUUCGAUUGGCUAUGUUAUUACUCCGGUGUUCGACGGCGAAGAGGUGGCCCAGGCGCUCAACGUCCAAGUGACUUUCACAGGAAGCGCAGCGCUCAAGUGUGACGACGUUUUCUUGGCUACGCCUGUUGAGAUUGCCAAGGUGGAUGUUGGCCGGUUCGACUUGACUUCCAUCUCUGCCCAUGACAGUCUUGGUCAGCUGGACCUAAUCCACCAUGUCGAUUCGUACGGGCCCCCUAUUGUCUUUCAAAAAUGGCGUGUCCCACGUCCGACAGAGGGCCCAAUCACCAUGAAUUAUACCGCUCUACCGAGAUUAGUCAACAGUUCAACAAUGAACGCCCCUUCUUUCGAGCUCCGGCAACAAUUUGGUGGUCUUUUAGGGUCUGGUUAUGGCUUUCUUGCCACACCACCAGCAACCAAUCAUCAGCUCCACCGGGUAACUGUGAGCUGGGAUUUGACGGCCGCACCACCUGGAACGGCUUCAAUUUGGACUUUUGGGGAUGGUAGCGACCCAGUAACUCGAGUAAUGGAUGUCAAUGAGAUUGCAGGUACCUAUUUCAUGGUUGGCAAACUUGAGUCCUUCGUAAAGGACCGCUUUGGGCUGUACUGGCUCGGAUCUCCCCCAAUCGACACAACGCAGCUAGGAUCUGAGUUAUUCAAGAUGUUUGAUAGAAUGUCUAGCUUCUUCAGAGAUGGAGUUGACCCAUACCGCGUUUUCUUACGAUACAACCCGUUUCCUGGCUCAAUGGCGGGGACGGCCCUGGUGCGCUCAUUCAUGUUCAGCUACGACGACGACGAUCGUAAGCAUCCGCGGCCAUUCAAAGAUUACUUACUGUUCUUGAGCCACGAGUGCGUCCACAACUGGGUGCAUUUGGAUCCUGCUGGUGCCGACAAUUGGUAUGAGGAAGGUCUCGCCGAGUACUAUUCUCUCCUCUUGUCCCGCCGUGCAGCUUUAUUCUCAAACGAUUUGUUCCGCGACGAGUUGAACAAGAGAUUGACACAAUAUUACACAAACCCUCUCGUUAAUAAGUCAAAUGAAGAAGUUGCAAAAUUGACCUGGGAGUUUUCGGAUGCGCAAAGAAUUCCCUACGGUCGGGGCCUUCUUUUUGCGCUCAAAGUUAACGCCAUCAUCGAAGCACAGGGCAAGCCCGGAGUCAGCACCUCGCUCGAUGAUGUUGUCUUGAGUUUAGUUGAUCUGGAACGAGCCCAACAAUUGAACGGGCUAUCAGACUAUCUGAAAGCAGUGGGAGACCGCAUUGCUGGAGGCCAAGAAGAGGCCCAGAAGCUGUACGAUGAAAUGGCUUCCGGUGUCUUGGUAAUUCCACCUGCAGACAGUCUGAAGUCGUAUGGUUUGACGCUGAGACGCCGCGAUGCUCUCGCUUGGGAGCUCGGCUUUGAUGAGUCGAAGGCGAUCAAGGGAGAGCGCAUCGUUAGCAACGUUGUUCCAGGCAGUGCGGCGGCAAGUUGUGGUUUGCAAGAGGGCGAUCGUAUCGUGAACAAGAUCCACCUCGACGACCAAAAGGCAGAUGAGAACCGGGUUUUAGAUCUAACUGUCCAGCGCGGUGACGGCGAAGUACUGUACUUUUCCUUCUUGCCACGUGGGCAGCAGACGGUUGAGCGAUGGGUGUAUGAGAGCAAUGAUUCUAAGGACACAAAUAGCGGAAAUAAUGUUGAGAUAUAA